UGUGAAUGAUGCAGAGCUGAAUGUUAGAGUUGCCUCUCAGUUCCUUGACUGACUGACUGACAGACAGACAGACACCAUCACAGGAAGAUGGAAUUCUUAUUUUUGUGUUUAUUAUUUUCAUCCCUCGGCUUCCGUCGUUUGACCGAGGCGAAUUCGACUUAUUCACCGAGGAUGAUAUUCAAAUGCGAAGAGACUGCAGUUAAAAGGAUACCUUUACCUGGACAGAAUGCACAUGUACGGAUUCUCCCGAAUGGACAGCUGGACGUGGUUAAAGGACAAACGCUGUAUUCAUACAACUUUCAACACCCUCAGAUGAACCCUGUAGAAAGUAAAGUGUCAUGGAAGAAAUGCUUUGACAGGAACCAACAGGCUUGCAACUAUAACAUCACUGUGGUCCAUGAGACGCAGGACGUCAACAAAGUGUUUGUUUGUGGGAACAAUGGCAAGGAGACACUGUGCUGUGAAAUGAAUUUAUCAGACACAUCACCUAUAUGCAAUCCCACUAAAAAAACAGAGGACAUAGAAAGAAGCCUAAGUGGACUUACGUUGAAGGAGGGUGAACCGUCUGCCUUUGUGGAAUCAGCAGACGGCGCAGACCUCUACAUGACAUUCUCUGGAUCUCAAGAGCAUGUUGGAAUCCGCAAGUUUGGAAAAGACCCUGUUAGACCACAUGACAGUAAAGAACAACAUUAUGUGGGUUUGAUGCUCAGCAGACGGAGCAACGAUUCCUUACAGGACAAAGUUUAUGCCUUCUAUAAGGAGAAAAACAGAGACUCAGGCUUGCAGAGUGACAUGUGGCUCCCCUUUGUGACCCAGGUUUGCAUGGCAGACACUGGUGGGCCCAAGAACAAAAUGCAGUCUAGCUGGACGUCCCAGACGAAUGCCAAGCUGUUCUGUGGAGACGCUGACAGCAGGCAACAUUUCUCUGAACUGGUGGAUGUGGCCACUGUGCACGCAAACCAGUGGCAGGAUACCAGGGUUUAUGCACUCUUCAGAAAUGAAUGGGGUAUGAGUGCUGUCUGUGUUUACACCAUACGAGAUAUUGACAACAUCUUCACAACCUCCCCAUUUAAAGGCACCCAAAAGGACAGACCUAGAACGUGUGUUACAGACAGCACAAAGAUUUCCCUUGACACCCUGAACAUCAUCGCGGACACUUCGGAGAUGGAGCAGUGGGUCAAGCCUGUAAGCAAAUCUGGCCCACUUCUUUUUAAUCGCCACAAGUACACUCACAUCUACGCAGACAGCACCCAGCACAAGGGGAACGAUAACUACAUGGUUCUCUUUCUGUCUCUAAAUAAUGGAGGGAUUCAUAAAGUAUUACAAACAGAAAAUCAUACCUUUGUCAUCGCUGAGUAUCAUCCUUUCACCCAGCAAACCCACAUCCUCAGCAUCAUCCUUCACCCCUCCUCGAGGAAGUUGUAUGUGAACUCCAGAGAUGAAAUAGUUCAAUUGGAUGUGGCAAACUGUGCCAAGUAUGGAGACAGCUGUGAGGACUGCAUCUUAGCCAGAGAUCCUUACUGCGGCUGGAACGGCACCCACUGUACCCCUGAUACACAGGACACACUUCAGAAUGUGGCCACAGGGAACCAUACCAUCUGCGAGGCUCAACCUAAAAAAGCUUUUAGACAUUCCUCUCAUACACAUGCAAACAACAAUAUGGACAGCAUCACUCUUCCCUCUCAGUCCAAGUAUUUCCUUCAGUGCCCGCUGUCGUCCCAUCAUGCCCAGUACACCUGGAGACACAGUGGAAACCCUGAAAGCCCCAUAUCCUGCACAGUAAAGGAUGAGGAGUGCCUACUGCUGAUCCACAACAUGUUACCUGAGCAGGUGGGAACUUACGAAUGUAAGUCAGAGGAGUUGGGCUACGAAAGAGUCGUAGCACAAUACAGCCUGCAACUGAAGAGCAGGGCAGCGGGCCGGUUAUCAAGCCCACUGGUCUGGGUUUGUCUGAUGGCUGCUCUGAUUAAGAGUUUGACCUGUUAGUCCGGAGAUGAUUCCAAUGAAAGGUGGAAAACGAUAAUAUUGAUUUAAAGCCCCAUCGUGUGCCUUUUUGUCCUACUUGUAAUUAUUUACUUUUUAUUUAUGCUUGAUCAGCAUCAGCGUCAUUGCCAAGUGCUGUGACAACUGUUCUUCUUUACAGCACCUUUAAAUGAUUUGACCUCAUUGCACUUGGGUGUUUGCGUGUUGUGCUUUUAGCUGCACAUAAACAGCUGCAUGUACACGCUGAAACCAAUAAUGUUUCUGUUCUAGCAACAGUCUCAAUGCAGAAUUAAACAUGUGGAUGGAGCUAGUCCCAGUUUGUGCCUCUCAUGUAUUAUUACAUUCACAUACAAACAGAAAGAGAGACAUAUCUGUAAAAUUAAACCACACAAAGAGGACAUAUCUCCUGUAACAUGGAGAUAUGUCCCUGAUAUUUUUCAGAAAACCAGAGAGGCACAAAUGGAACAAGCGUAAAGCAUUCAGGAGACCAGUCAGUUCUUUUGGUAAACUGCCUGUAAGUGUUUUGCAUCCAUUUCCUUGAAAUGUGAAAUUCUGUCAGAAUGGUGACACUGUCUUAGCUGCAGUUUCUGAUUCUUUGUACUACCUCAGACUUGCUUGACAGGCUUUGACUUUAAGCACAUUGAGCCAUUUUCCUUUCAUCAAGUUUCCUCUGUUAGCCAAGCUAAAGAUAACACAUUGAUCUUGUGAAAGUCUGCUGAUGUUGACAGCACAAAGUUGAAACAUCCCUUUUUUAAGUCUUGCAAGUGAAGUGUGACUGUCUGGUAAGACAGUACAUUCACUGCAAAUUAAUGCACUUUCAGGGUGUGAGUUCACUGGCAGUAUCAUAUAAUAUAUUAUAGCUCACGAAGCUACAAUGUUGUUCAACUCAAAAUUCAUUUUAGCUUUUACAUUUUGUGUUUUUACAUGAUAAAGGUAUGAUUUCAUGUUUGGAUGGAUUCAGAGUAUUAUGUACAACUGUGAAUAAGUGGCAUAGCAUCUUGAUGGCAUGUUUGAACUUAGUGAAUGAUAAUUGCAAUGCUUUAUAAUAAACAAAGUAACUCAAUUACAAAACUAGCUGCAAUAAUUAUUUAAAAAAUUAUUAAAAAUCGACAAAGGGAUUUGUACUUGAGCUUUGUAAGGCUGAAUGUAUUAUUGUAAGUCAAGGAAAUUGGAAUUAAAAUAAUUUUGUAAAUGUAA